AUGUCCUCACAAAGCCAGCCAGUUGACCCUGAUUGGCCCCCUGGGACUGUUCAAGUGGAAGAUUUCUACCAGCAUAACAGAAACAGGGUGGUGCUGCAGCCCCAGCCGUCAAGUGAUCCCAAUGACCCUUUAACCUGGCCAGAAUGGCGGAAACAUCUCAACUUCGGUCUCGUAUCAUUCUACGUCUUGAUGGUGAUUUCCUUUACGAAUAUCGCCACCGUCACUUGGGGACCAAUAAAUGAAGAACUCGGAUUCGGCUACUCCAUCCUGAAUAACAGCUUCGCGGCAGGAUGCGGUGCAUUUGCCAUCGGUGGCAUCUUCCUUAUCCACUUCGCCCUCAAAUAUGGCCGUCGACCAGUGUAUAUCUUCAGCACAGCCAUCCAAUGCGGACUAAGCAUCUGGUCGGCCAAAAUGCAAACCAUUGCCGACCUCAUGCUGGUUAAUAUCCUCAAUUCAUUCGUCGGUGCUCUCUCCGAGAUCAUCGUGCAAAUGACCGUGGCAGAUAUCUAUUUCGUCCACCAGCGAGGUCUGGCCAACAGUAUCUAUAUCUGGUGCAUGACCAUCGGCGUCUCCCUGGCUCCCCUGGCAGCCGGAUAUGUGACCAACUCGCAGGGCUGGCGCUGGGUAUGGUGGUGGAUGGCCAUCUUGUUCGGCAUCGGCGUGGUGGUGUUUUUCUUCCUCUACGAGGAAACCAUGUACACUGUCAUUGAAGGAGUGACUCCAUCGUCCCCGUCCCGUCCGGAUGAAGACACUUGCGUGAAACCCAGUACUGAUCCCCAGUCCCAACAUCAGUACCAAGAGCCCAUCCCAAAACACGACAAACCGCUACUCACCACCGUGCAAGUCGACACUUCAAUCCCUGAGAAACCAUACUGGAAAAAACUUGCCCUCUGGACCUCCUCCCCGGCAUCCUUCACGUAUCUCGUCUGUCACAUCUACCAGCCUUUCCUGAUAAUGGUUCACAUCCCCGCUGUGUUUUUCAUGUCGCUCAUGUACGGAGCCAUGACGGCGGCGGUAACGGUCCCCACUGCCACUUUCUCCACGUAUCUGACCAUGCCACCGUAUAACUUCACCUCGGUGCAGAUCGGUCUUAUGGGUCUGCCUUCGUUCAUUGGAAUCACUCUGUCCGUACUCAUCAGUGGACCCCUCAGUGACUGGCUCAUUCUGCGCAUGGCAAAACGGAACAACGGGAUCUACGAGCCUGAGACUAGACUCUGGAUGAUCCUCCUUUUUGCCCCGUUCGUUCCCGCAGGUCUCCUCCUGUUCGGUAUUGGGUUGAAUAAUCAUCUCCCCUGGCCGGUCAUUGCCCUCGGAUUGGGUCUGACUACCUUUGGCACAACCACGGGGAAUAGUAUCCCCUUGACUUAUUUGACGGAUGCAUAUACCGAUGUGAGUGAACCCGGAACUGUGGUGUGGAAGUAUGUAAAUUCGGCUGAGCUAAUGGGGUAG